UCAGGCUGAUUAAAAAAGAUGGAGACAUUCGUUACAGUUACAGACACGCACAGCGUUGUGCCAAAGCUCCAGUAAUGGUCUGUGGACGCAAAGGAAUGUGUGUGUGUGUGUGUGUGUGCGUGUGUGUACUAACGUGAAUGCGUUUUUUGUGUGUAAGUGGGGGCUUUAGUGUGUUUUGUCAUUUGGUGAGUGACAGACAUUGUUGUUGUUGUAGUGGUCAGACGAGUGUGAGCUGAAAACCACAAGGAUGAAAGAAUGAAGUUCAUAACAGAAACAGAAUGGAACAACAGAACGAGACAGGAAUGUUCGCCCUCUGAAAUAUGAUUAAUGGAUGUAUGGGUCUCGUUUUGGGGUGGGAAGCGAUGAGUGUGCUAUGAGCGGAUGCCUGUCUGUCUGUCUUCUGUCUUGUUCUGGCUUCUUUCUCACACUCGCUUACUCACUUUGAGUAAGUGUGUGUUUGCGUGUGUUCAAUAAAAGGUGAGACACACAGAAGAAGUACAAUGGUGGAUUUCAGUCUUAAUUUUCAUUCGCUUUCAGGCUUCUAAUCAAUAUCAGUGUGUGAGGAUAAUUAUGGUUGUGUGUGUGUGUGUGUGUAUUUGUGUCAGAUCAAGAGAAACGGGCAGCACGACAGCUAAAAGAACAUGAAUAGGUUACAUAAAAAAUCACAAGGAGUUUGCACAAUGUGUUGUAGUGCUUAGUUCAGACGUGAGCAUACAAGUAAUAAUCAAAGAACAGACAUGGAGAGACUUGAAGUGUAAACACACAGAGAGAAAAGACAGGUAAAUAAAUACAGGUUCCCAUAAACUCAUCCCUUAACCAUCAGUGGGGUGUGUGUGUGUGUGUGUGUGUGUGGGAGAGAGCUGAAUAAGUGUAUAAAAGUGAGAAAGGUUUAGUGAGUUUGGAAGAGUAUUAGCCCAAGUGAGAGUAGUGCCAGAGGGAGGGUGGAAGGAGGGCUAGAGAGAGAGAGAGAGGAGGAGGAGGAGGAAAGGGUGGAACAGAGGUACUGUAUGAAGAAGAGGGAGAGUGAGUGGAGAGGGCGAGACAGACGGCAGGAGGCAGGAGCCCAGACAGGACCCAGUGACAGACAGAACACCAGAGAGAAAGUGUCAUGAUAGCGCGCUGGCUCUGUUCAAGGAAUUCCCCUGCGGUGAUGUCUCAAAAGUGACGAGUGGACAUGGAGGUGACUCCCGAGGAGUGAGCCACACAGGAUUGCGCACCAGGGAAACAGCUCAGGGUGGCGCUCGCUCCCGACAUGACAGCUCAUCCGUUUGGAAAUUAAACACAAAGUGACAGGGGAACAAAUUGAGGACCUGCAGCCAAAGGGGGAGGACCCAGUGGGACUGCUGGACUCUCUCAUCCCCUCUCUCUUGCUCUCUCUCUCUCUCUCUCUCUCUCUCUUACUCAUCUCCUACUUCCUUCUGCCCCAACUGCCCUGAUGGCAGCCAAUAUCUCCCCCUCUCCAGGAGCCAGCCAGCGGGACAGCCUCUCGUCUCCCCUUUAACCUCCGCAUCACCUCUCCCCUAAUCCUCCACUCCAGAGCCCUCACAACCCCCUCACCUGGGACACGCACUCAGCAGAAUGUUCUGGAAGCUGGCCUUAACCAUGCUGCUGGCAUGGAGCCUGUGCAUGACGGCCGACUCUAAGAAGUCCAGGGGGCCCCAGGGCUCCAUCCCGUCGCCAUACAAGCUGAAGGACAACAGCCUGGCGGUGCCCCAGACCCCCGCGCUGCUGCAGCCCAUGGGCAAGCCCGAGGUGCUGGCGUCCAGCCGCGAGGCCUUGGUGGUCACCGAGCGCAAGUACCUGCGCAGCGACUGGUGCAAGACUCAGCCGCUGCGGCAGACGGUCAGCGAGGAGGGCUGCGUGAGCCGCACAGUGGUCAACCGCUUCUGCUAUGGCCAGUGCAACUCCUUCUACAUCCCGCGGCACAUCCACACGCCUUCCUCUUCCUCCUCGUCCGGCCAGCGCCAGCAGCGCCAGCAGCGUCAGCGGCGCAAGCAGCCCACGCACGGCGCCUCCUUCCAGUCCUGCGCCUUCUGCCGGCCACACCGGGUCACCACGGUGACGCUGCGCCUGCACUGCCCGGGUCUGGACCCGCCGUUCCGCCACCGGAAGGUGCAGCGUGUGAAACAGUGCCGGUGUGUGUCGGUCAGCGUAAACGACACACAGUGAGGCGCUGGGGGGUGGGGUGGGGGGUGUAAAGCUGCCCCAGCGCUCAAAGGAACCUUGAUGUGGGCCAUAGAUACGAGUCUCUCUCUGUUGCAUGGGGGGCUUUGACGCUUACCCGAUUCUACAGGAAGCGCUGUAUGGACUCACUUCCUGUUUCCAUGAAACAUGUUUCACACAAGACGGGCAUUACUGAGCAGGACUCCUUCACAGGACAGUGUCCAGUCUCGUCACCUCUCGGGUUCUCUGUGCACACCUUUAUUUAAUCUUGGUGGUUGAAUCUGCUGUCACUUAACCCACCUCUUUUGGGAGCUCUCGUGUUUAGGACAAAUGUUUUGAUUGCUCUGAACUUCGCCUGUAGGGGACAGAGUGGACAGAGGAGCGCUCUGAGCUCUGACCUCUCUUCUUGACCGGAGGUCAACUGUCUCUUGAACCUUACCCUCUUCCCUCCUCCUUGGCCUGAGUCCAAACACUCUUUCUGAGGCAAUGCAGAUAAGAGGAGUCCCCAGUGUCUGAGCCCCCCUCUCAAACACCCCCUCUGGAGGUCAGAGACAAGACUUCAACAUGAGCCAUAACCACGGAGGAAGAUGGACAACUGAGCAAAAAAACAAUAGAACUAAGACUGAUAGGAAAAAAACAGAACUCAAUUGAUCCACCAAUGGCCUUUCAGGGCAAUGUGUGUGUGUGUGUGUGUGUGUGUGUGUGUAGCCAAUGAGUGUUUAGGUUGCAAUCCCAGAGCACCGUUGUCUGUCGAAAGCCACUACAUUCUCCACCACAUAUACCUUCUUCUUUUGUACCACAGAUAUAUUUAACAAGAGUAUCCUGAUAGAUAAAGGAAUUUAUAUAUGAUAAAGGUACUGAAUAAUUUUAAAUAUAUUAUGUUGAAAGUUUAAAGUAUUAUUAUAUAAUAAAUCUAUUCUACAAUAUGCUCACACAGUUUUUUUCACUCAUUCAAAAUAUUGCCCACGAAGAAGACACCGCAAAUGAAGACAACAUUAUGAGGAAUUU